GGGUUCUUUAAAAAUAGUGGAGAAAGCCAGUUUUGGGGUGCCACUAGGGCGAGCACCUGCCUAAAGGAUGUCCAACCUGGCACCAAAAUAAAGUCCGGGCCGUUAACAGCAGGGGUCCUUCUCACUUUGCGGGGGACGUAGGAUUACGUCUCAAGGACAUUGAAAACAUUGCCCUUCUUGCUGAAGAAGUAACUCGCCAUCUCUCUCUCUCUCUUUUGCAUCGAUAUUCACCCCAAGUCGCGCGCAGCGGCUCACAAUUAUUCCGCCGUCGAUAACGAGCUAAGGUACCUUAGCACCCAUCUUAGUCGCAUCUUUGUUGGACUCUGGUACUCCCUUGCCAAAAUGCAACGCCGAGCAGCUUCGACCGCGCUUGAUGCUGGGAAGACAAAGAGCAAGAUGUUUUUGAAAAAUGAAACGAGGUGGGGAGAGACAUACUAUGUUGUUAACAGGUGGCCCGAAACUCCCAAGCUACCUGAAGAACACGAAUACUUUCGGAUCAACGACCUCCUUCUCGAUCUAGACGAUAUAUUUAGCAAACACGUCCGACCAUCUUCAGAAGAGGACGAAGAGCGGGCACUCAAGAGAUGGUCUCGAGAUAACAAGCGAGAUGAUGUUCGGUGGAAGCUUCACAGAAUGGAAGCUUCACUCACCUGGUCACGCAUAAAGUCUUUUGAAAUGCACUCGGAACCAUCUAGCUCUUGGCGACUCGGAAGCCAUGACAUUUUCUCCGCAGCUCUCCGAGCCCCAUCACCAGCUCCACUGAUCGACUCCUCAAAUAACCAACAAGGAUCUGCCAAUAAUGCAACUGCGGAGAGAGAGCCCAACAAACUCCACCUCAUCAGCUCAAACAAUGGCAUUCCAAAACAAGCCUUGGAGGACGAUUCAUCACUCUUGCGCUGGCUUCAAUCGCGGACGCAAUUGUCAUGGUCUGGGCAAUACCCAGCCGUCUCUCCGUCUCAUUCAGGUCAGCUGUCAGCAGCGCUGAGGAAGCAAGACUCACUCACUAGCCUCCGUAGGCUAGUAUCACAAUACUUGUCAGUUGAAACCAGCGCCAUCUCAUUUCACCAACUCAAAAGCCCGGGUCAAGAAAAAUCAACAGAGAAUUUAUCUUCAGAUCUUCGCAAUGCGUGUGAGAACUUCUUGAAGCAAGACACUCUACAGAAUAAGCAUGAUGUUUUGGUGUUCCUCGGUAAUCUUGGCCAACGAUUGACAGCUAGGGGAGAUCACUUGGGAGGCCCUUUAUGUGGGCUUGGAUUAAGACUCUCAGCAGAAAUCUGCAAGCCCACAGCCUCCAAGAGAUAUUUUCAAAUUGGUCUUCAAACUGGUUACUGGACCGGCAGUAACCAAGGAUUAAUAGACAUCCUCCACUGCCUCGAAACCUACCAAUGCCACUUCAACAGUGUUUCGCAACCCAACGGCCUUGAUCUGUAUGGGCGGCAGGAACUCCUAGAGUUAUUACUUGGUCGCAGCAGGACUCACAACCAUUCCGCUCUGUCUCUUAUCAAUGCUUGUCUACGUGGGUGUAAACAGGAGACAGCAUUCGAGGCUUAUCGAGCUUCCAUCCUCCUGGUUGGUCAUUUGGGUAUGGUCGAGUGGCUUAAUCAAGAACAACGGACAUCAGCAGCAAUAAUUCAGAGACUAGCCCGCAGCAGCAAUUCGAAAGAUAAGAAACGUCAACUAGAGGCAAUCCUAAGCGAAGCUUUUGAGUCUGCAAAGAGUAUAGCCGACACUUCAGUUGUGGCACAGAGCCAUGAUGCAGUUCUAACAGAUCCCAGCCUGGCUGGCGAUGUGUGCGAAGAAAAAGACGGGAAUCAGUAUUGUCCACCUUAGACACUUACAUAUAAAUUAGACCCCUGAGAAGGUACAACUGACAGCUACAUGAAAACUUUAUUUAAAUUGUGUGAUGAUCUAAUAUGAGUGUUUAUUAUCAAGAAAGCC